CUCACAAUGACGUCAUAUCCGCCAUCCAGGAAGUCAAGUAGCGGAGACGUUUUGGUGAAAGCGGAAAUUGAGAGUCGUCGUGUCUGACUUUAAUUCAUAACCAGCCAUGACUCCUGAUGAGCUGGUCUACCUGAAAAUUCUUGCUGCUUCCAUUCUUGUGGGUUUUCUCUUUCGUUACCUCAGUCCACCUGUGAAGCAGGGAGCAGCUCUUCUCCUGGGCCUUAGCUUCACCAUUGCUACCUGUCACAUUCACACACUCCACUCUCUGCUGACUGCACUUGGAACAUGGCUCAUUAUUAAAGGCAGCUGGAGGCAUGCUCCAGCCAUCAGCCUCAGCUGGACAUUUCUCUACCUUCUCUUUUUUCGGCUGGUCACCUGGUUUGGUCUCCCACCACCAACCUCCUUUGCCAACGCUGUCCAGCUGCUUCUUACUCUUAAGAUGGUGAGUCUGGCCAAUGAGGUGCAGAGUUUCCAUCUGGAGAAGAAAAAGGAAAAGAGCUCCUCUGCCAAGUCUCCAGUGGUUGGUGGUCUGUCUGAGGAGCCGUCGCUCUACGACGUUCUGUCCUACAGCUACUGUUAUGUGGGUAUAAUGACUGGUCCUUUCUUUCGUUUCCAAACGUACCUCGACUGGCUGAAACAACCCAGUCCGUUGGCGUUGCCCGGAUUGGCUCCCUGUCUUCAGCGUCUGAAACUGAUUCCAGUCUACGUUGCUCUGUACCUGGCCGUCAACUCCCUCUUUCCUCUGGCUUAUGUCCGUGAAGACCAGUUUCUUCAUCAGCACUUCUUCUACAGAAUGUUCUACAUGGUUGCUGUGUUCUUUGUGUUCCGGAUGCGUUUCUAUGCAGCCUGGUGUGGAGCUGAGGCUGCUUGUAUCAGUGCAGGUCUGGGCUGUUAUCCAGAAGGGGCGUUGUCCAAACCGGGGGGAGGACCCACUGUCAACUACAGCCCUGGUCCUUCUGUUGAGGAAAAGUAUGACUUUAAAACCAUCCAGAACAUCGACUGCUACAACACCGACUUCUGUAUUAAGGUCCGUCACGGAAUGCACUUCUGGAACAUGACAGUGCAGUGGUGGCUGCGUCACUACAUCUACCCCAACGCCCCUUUUAAAGCCUACACUCUCAAGGCUGCCUGGACCAUGUUCAUCAGUGCCUACUGGCAUGGACUCCAUGUUGGAUAUUACCUCUCUUUCCUCACUAUCCCGCUGUGCAUCGCAGCCGAAUCUGCCAUGGAGGCCUCCGUCAGGUCCAGACUGGGUCCUCGUGGGCAGAACAUCUUUGACUGGGUCCAGUGGUUCCUAAAGAUGAGGGCCUAUGACUAUAUGUGCAUGGCCUUUGUACUGCUGAGUGGCUCUGACACCAUCAACUAUUGGUCAUCCAUCUACUUCAUUGUGCACAUCAUCGCCCUUCUGUGUAUAAUACUGGGCAGGAUAUUUAAGGACGGGAGGAGGGGAGGAAGGAAAGGAGACAAGGAGGUAGAGAAAGAAAAGAUGAAUGAGGAUGAACAGGAAAAAGUGGACUAAAUUGAUUCAAAGAAAUUAAUUGCAAGGGAAUAUCUUUGAAAACAAUUAUUUAUUUCAAGACUAAAAAUUCAACAGUACAAACAAACAAUUGAAGUGUAAGAAACAUCUUGUUAAGACCCAGUGAAUCCAGACAGCUGCCCCUGUAGUCCUGGAUCACAGAGGAACGUCUGUCACAUCCUACAGGUUCACAAGUCGGCAGCCGGACCCGGGUUUCAAUGAAUAAAACCAUAACUGUUAAAAACUGGUUCCAUUUUUGAACAAAUGACCUCAGUAAUGGUGGUUAAGUCCACGAGCUGCCAAGUUACCACUGAGGUGCUCUGAGCAAGGCACCCUGGGCACUACAGCUAUGUAGAUGAAAACACCAUGGUCAUCAGGACCUGUUUUUUGUUACUUAAUAUUGAACCCCUUGACCUUUGAUCCAGAAUCACUCUGUUGUUUUUGUUCAGUUGUCUCUGACUCUUCUCUGUAGUAGUAGUAGUAUUAGUAGUAGUAGUAGUAUUAGUACAGUAUGCACUGCAUCACUGUAUCACAGUGAAAAGUGAAAAAAAAGGUCUGUUCACUGCUGUCACGCCUGCACUGCCAUUGUGGACCAGUCACCCCGAGGACCAAACAUUGACUUUACCUAUUCAUCUUCUUCCUGUAGUAAGAGCUCACGUGCUCAUGUGUCGGAUCAUCAUUACAGUUGAUUUUUGUUCUUUUCCAGCAUUGAUACGUGUCAGUAGUGAAACUCAACUUUUGAAUAAACCUUUCUAAAGAUGAGAAUUACAUUUGAACAAUCUGAAAAAAAAUGUCCGUCAUCAGACAUUGAUGAGUGGUUCUCUUCAAAUUAAUUAGGAAAACAGGAAUGUUCUUUUUUUCUGUUUUGUUUUUGAAUUUUUUUCUUAGAAAUCAAUUGAAUUUUCAUGUUUUUCUGCUGCUUUUCUGUGGUCUUCCUUGUGCCAAACUUCACUGUCACAGGUCUGUUUUAUCUUCUCUUCCACUGUUGCAUCACAAGGAUGAAUGUGAGCAGUCGUUCCAAAUGAUUUAUUUUGUCUGUUUUUUAUUUACUUGUUUUUGCAUUUAGAAACGUGACAGAACACCAAGACCAGAUUACAAUUUUUAAACCUGAUUAUUCACAGAAUAGCUGUCAAUAAGACACAGUCAAGUUUAUUCAGGAUUAGUAUUAACCACAAAUGUAAUAGAAAUAGAUGAACAUUCCUAAAUUUGACAAAAGAUCAUUUUUCUGUUCUUCACUGGAACAGACAGUACUAACAUCAGCAGAUAGGUGUCAGUGUUUCUCACCUGUUUUUAUAGUUGUCGCUUUAUUUCAGUCCUGACUGUUCUUCUGGAACGGGUCAGGUAGAACCUGUGGAACCUGGUUCUCUCUAGACUUCAGUCCAGUCGUUGUCCUCGACAACAUUAAUCAGUCUACAGUCCUGGACAGACCAUCUAACACCAGCUGGGCCGCUGACCAGAGGUUAAACCACCCACAGACAUGCUGGGAGUUGAUGAUUGGAUGUUCAGAUCCUGGUACUUCAGUGGAACUAGAAAUGUUGACCCCAGUGUGUGUGUGAAUGAUGUGUGUACUAACUUGAGCUUCACUCUCCUCUCAAAAUGCAUUCCAGUUUUGAACCUGAUUUAUUUCAUAAAUUCAUUUGACGUGCAUUCUGACAGAAAUAGUUUUUUGUACAACAAAGAAUCUGAUGGAAAAAAAGAUUCCAAACAUGUUGUUGUUCCACUGACAGUCAGAAAAAAAACAAUGAAUUGAAGCUUUUGUGACUAAACACCACACACACACACCUGCUUAGUUCAUAGUGAGGUAACAAUAAAGUUUAUUUUAAACUAAGAAA